GAAAGGAGACGAGGAGGGCAGUUUAGAGAGGAGGGGGAUUAACUGUGCUGGUGUGGCUUUACAGAAAAAUGUGGAAGGCACAAAGAGAGAAGCAGGUGCUUCUGGCAGCGGUGUACAUGCUGGGCGCCAUCCUGCCCUGUCUCUCAGCCUACAGCAGCGGGGAGUGCUACUUCAAUGCCAAAGCCAAAUGCGAGCAUCAGGGCCAGGUGUUUGGAAUGGGGGAGAGCUGGACGACAACGGAAUGCUACCAGUGCGUUUGCCUGGAGCCAUUUGGAGUUGGCUGCUGUGACCAUGGCUCACAGCCGGUAGAUUACCCAGACUGGUGUGAGGUGGUGAGGAAACCCGAUUCCUGCAACGUCGCCGUGGUGAUGCGGGCCAAUCACAAGCUGCCGUGUCUGUAUGGGGGGCGGGGUCGGCCCCGACCUGGGAUGGGCCCUGCCUGGAAGUCUGACAAUGACCCCAUAUUCUGAUCUUUUCACAUAUAAUCAAUUAUUGAAACUUAGUAGGACACUUGUCACAC